UGGUGGUGGUGGUGGUGCAGGAGGUGGCCGAAAAAUGGCGGAGCGCACCUCGAAGAGCUCCUCGGCCCUGGCCAGCAACCGGCCCGUGCCCAUGAAACUCUUUGCCACCUGGGAGGUUGACCGCACGCCCUCCAACUGCAUACCCAGGCUGUGCACGCUGACGUUGACCCGCCUGGUGAUACUCCGGCCGCUGGGCUCGGACCUAGCCUCGGUGAGCAUAGCCGUGAAGAUGCAGAGCUCGAAGCGAACGCUGCGCUCGAACGAGAUGGCAAUGCCACCGGGUGGUAUGCUCGACACCGAGCUCGAGCUCCAGUUUGCCCUCCAGUACCCGCACUUUCUCAAACGCGACGGCAACAAGCUGCUCGUGCUCCUGCAGAGGCGCAAGCGCUACAAGAACAGGACGAUGCUCGGGUACAAGACCCUCGCCGAGGGUGUCAUCAACAUGGCGCAGGUGCUUCAAAAGCAAAUGGACCUGGAGCUGGAGCUCGUCUCGGACAAGGCGGAAAAAUACGGGGGCCACUCGCUGGCGCGCGUCCACGUGGUCGCGUUGUGCAGCCAGCCGGUCGAUCACGACAAAAGACUGAUGAACGAUCCGCACGAGCGGCUCUGCCAGGAGUUCAGCGACGAGGAGGAGGAGUUCAGCUCGGAGGCCGAGGCCGAGGGUAGCGACAGCGAGCCCACCCUCGAGGUCCACAGGCGGAAGAGCAGGACCAAGAUACCGGCCAACGCGAGGCAACGAAACCUGAAGCAGAAAUUCAUCGCUCUGCUCAAGCGGUUCAGGGUGUCGGAGGAACUGGAGCAAGAUCAGGAGGAAAUCGGCCAGAAAUUAGCCACCGACGACAUGGCGAUAGAGGAACUGUUCGACGAGCUGGACGACAUGUCGGAUAGCGGCCCGGAGUUGGACACGAUGUCGGUCAGCAGUACGCCGAAGCCAUCGCUGCGGCCGUUCUUCAGCUCGAGCCGGUCGCUCCUGGCACCGCCGCAUUCCGUUCUUGACCAAAAAAAAAAAAAAAAAAAAAGCACCACCACGCGCACAAAAAACAGAAGAAAAAAAAAAUCGAGUCCUGGGUCAUUGAAACGUGGCCGUGUUGCAGAGCGCGGCGUGGACCGGCAGAGCGACGACAGCUCCCGUCGAGCGGACAGCGACUCACACGCCGAGAACUGGACGGACCACGAGGCAAACGACCCGCCGAGCAUAAACACCCUCACGGGCUCCCCACCAAAGUCCGCCAACGAGCAACAACAGAUGAUGAUGACGAUGAUGCAACAGGUGAUACAACAAUCGGGCGGCAAGGACAAGAACGAGGGCGGCGACCGCAAGAGCCGAUUAUUCGCCAGAGACCGGGGCACACCUGGCAGCAACAAGACCAAGAAGCACAGCUUGAGCGUCGACCUCAAGCCCGUCGGUGAUCUCAACAGUGCCGAGCCGAGGAAAGCACUGGUGGAACAACUGGGGCGAGUCCUGCCCGACGACACCCUUCCAGAGUCGGUGGCGCUGAUCUCCCUGUCCGAUCCGGGGGGAGCGGUGUUGGCUGCUCGCCUGCAGGAGCGAAACAUCAAGGUCCUGACCACCGCCUCGUCGGCCGACGUCCGCGCCACCUUCACUUGUCUGAUUGCCCGGAUACAGAAAUUCUGCAACAGUUCGGCAAAGCCACCGGCCCCGAUAAAGGUCGUGACCGCGGGCGGUGACAGCUUCGUGAAUACGGUGCUGCGACACUACGUGGACCUGUUGAGCUUCAAGCCGCCCGACUGGCAGAACCACAUGCGAUUCCUGAUCGUCCCCCUCGGCUCGAACAGCCUUUCCAAGUACCUCGCCACGAUAGACACGAGGUACGCGAGCCUCUUUGGGGACGAGUGGCGGGAACUGGCCGAGCGCGAGGCUGCCGGUGCGAGCGAGAGCGCUGCCCGCGUCACCGAGUACCUGGCCACAUCCGCCACGACUCUGCUCCUGCCUAUCGCCGAGGCCAUGGUCACCUACAGGGAGACGGAUGACAGUAGUCAAAUAUUCGUCCCGUUCGUGAACGACGUGAGGGUGGGUUGCCCGGAGAGCAGUGCCUCGGCGUCUGUCGACCUGGACGAAAUGGGUGGUACGGGCUCGGGUUCGCCGCCGUCCCUGCCACCGGCCUCGUUGCCGCUGUGCCCGCCCCCGGGACGUCUGACACCCCCGAGCAGUCCCAACGUUGGCCAGCCCCGGGACGGCUGGGAGCCGGUGGAGCUGCAGCUCGACUACUGGGGCAAGCCAACUCUCGGUGAAAAGGGCAAGAAUUCGCUGAGGCAGGCCUUCAAGGUGCUCCACGUGCAGAGGCUACCGCCACCCGGCGAGGCGCCCGGGCAGAGCUUGUACAUGAAUUACAUGACCAAGGAGAAGAAGCAAAAGAUAAUGAGGCUUGGCAAGAAGAAGGAAAAGGAAAAGGAAAACGAGCCAAAGAGCCAGCAGGUCGACGGCGUCACGCGACUGAUAUGCUCGGCAAAGACCCACAACAUUCCACUAAGAGUGAGCAUCGACGGGACGGAAUGGUACGGCGUCAAAUUCUUCCAGCUGUCGGCCCAGUGGCAGACGCACAUCAAGACCUUCCCGGUCGCGAUGCUGGCCUACAACUCCCAGCAGCAGAUGCCCAAUCUCACGUGAAUCCUUGACUUGGUGGCGCGACGCCGUAGUAGCACGUUAGAUACGGAGAGGAGAAAAUACGAUGAUGACGAUAACAAUAACGGGGAGGUGAUAGCAGCACGCGCGCACACGCCGGCAAGAGAGAAAAUAUAACUAAGAUUAUAUAUACAUAAUAUA